UUUAUCGCAGCGUGUUCGUAAGUUCCGUUAAGCAGCAUUUUCAAUGUUGCCGAGUAACGCUAUCUUUUCGCGGGCUUUAAAACGCCUUUUCUUAUUACUACCAUCAAUAACAUUAUGGUAAACAUUCCCAUUGAAUAGUGUAAUAUUUACUUUUUUCAUUUUUAGUACUAUAAUUAUUUUCGAUGAAGUCCUUCCAUUUUAUUCAAGUAACUAUCGAACUGUUGUUUAACGUCUUAUGUGUGCUUCAGUUGGUGGACGUGGCUUUCGGCAUAGGUGAAGUUAUCUAUGCCAUCAAUUGCGGUGGAGAAGUACACGUCGAUGGUCAUGGAAUACAUUAUCGUCGUGAUCCUUUGCAUGGUAAAGUUGGGACUGCUUCUGAUUAUGGAAAACAGUUAAUUAUAAGCAGAGUUCCCAGAUCAGAUCAGAUAUUGUACCAGACUGAAAGAUAUCAUCAUAUGACUUUCGGUUAUGAGAUACCUGUCAACAAAGAUGGGGAUUAUGUGUUAAUUUUGAAAUUUUGUGAAGUUUAUUUUUCUUCCCCUGGAAUGAAGUUUCGUGUGUUUUAUGUGAGCAGUUCUGUUCGAACAGUUGGAGUAGAGAAUAUUGGAUAUAGAGAUAAUCCAAAAAUUAAUGCAAUUUAUGUGAUGAGAGGCACACUUAAUGAUGUACCACAGUUGCCACCACUCUCUCAGGGAGAAGAGAAAGAUGAGGAAGAAGAAGAAUUACAAACAGAAAAGAAAUCAUCACAAGUUAGAAGGCCAUCGGGUCCUCGUAGUCCCAAUCCAUACGAGACAGAUGACAACAGUACCAUGCUUCCCAUUUUUGUAGCCGUUGGUGCCUUUAUUCCUUUACUUUUCUGUUUAUGUCGAUUGUGAUAUAGUUUUAGUAUCACCCAUCACUAAAUUAUGGUAUGUUUUACCAGUAUUAAUUUCAAAAAAGAGAGAAAAAAAUUUAAUUUUUUUUUUAAUAUAAAAGUUUAUAGGAUAUUUAUUUUAAAAGUUAAUUGAUAUCAAUGGAUAUAAGUUGUUCUGAUGGAUAUUAUAUAAAUAUUGUUGCAAUAUUUUAUUAAUACAUUCACUUGUUGAGCUUCCAUAUCCUUUGCAAUAAUAUCAAAUGUGUAUCAGUUAUGGAUAUUAAUGUACAGUAUGUAACUAUAAUAUCCCAAAUAGGUUAUAGUUCUAACAUUGGAGGAAGCUGUUUUAAAUGGGAAGGACAAUAUAUGAUCAAAAUAAAAUAAAAAAGCAAAUUAUCAGUUCAAAAUCCUGCAUGUCAUCCCUCAAAAGAUAUUUAGAGCUAUCUAAGUUUAACAAAUGAUUUAGUGCAAAAUUAUUAGAUUAGGAUGUUCAGUAACAUUGAAAUUUUAUUUAUUUCUUUAAUUUCAAAAUUCAACUAUUGAAAUGUAUAUCUGAUAUUUAUUAACACCUUAAGAAAAUGCACUUUAAAAGCCACUGGUGAUGUAUUCUAGUCUUAAAUUUCAAAGAAAGAUUUUUAAAAAUUAUCAGGAAAAAGUCCUGCAUAUUGAACACAUCAUUUUUUAAUUUUAAAAUUAAUGUUUAAAGAUAUUAUGUUUUGCCAAAUUUGAUAUUUUACUGUUGUUUGGACAUUUAGU